AUGGUUCGUUCUAGUAAACCUGGUAUCUGUUUUUUUUCCGUACCAGAGUUUGAUCCUCAUAACAUGAACCGUCCAGAUUCAGUUYAUCCAACUUGGACUUUUCUUGCUACUGUCAAUGGUCUUGCUGCCCCACCGACAAUCGUCGUUAACGCCCUUGUCAUUUGGACAGUGGUUGGGAGUGAAAAUCUUCGCUCUUCUUCCUUCAAUCUUUUGCUUGCCCUUUUAGCAGUGACUGAUUCCCUUGUAGGAUUGCUGGUCGAGCCAUUGUAUUGUCUAUUCAUUGGAUGUCUUCUAAACAAUUGUCUUUUGCCUCAAUGCACACUCACUGCGUAUGUUUUGUCGCUGCAAACGUGCGGUAUUAUGACAAUGGUCAGCUUUACCAUUUCAAGUGUUGAGCGGUAUUUAGCCAUAGAGCAUCCAAACUUUUAUCUCAAAAAUAUUACAAGGAAAAAAGUUACAAUUACUACGGCAAUGGCUUGGGUAAUAGCCCUUGGAAAUUCACUGAUUACAAGCGCCUUACUAAAUAAAAGCUACCCUGAUCUGUCUAGAAUUCCACCUGCUAUAGCUAUGAGCAUUCUUGGAGUGGUCAUUUUGUACUGCACAUCUAAAGUACAGCUAACAGCUUACCGUCAGAGUAGAACCAUCGCCCUGCAGCAAGAAUCAGUUCAACAGCCCGACGAACAGCAGCUACAAGAACGACGAAUCCAGGAAUACAAGCGAGUGUUCACGAUGACCAUGUUAGUGGCUUUGUCGAUUAUUUUUUACACUCCAUUCAUUACAGUCACAGUGAUACAAGCCGUGACAGAUAAAGAUGUGACGAGCGACUUCAACUUCAUCGCCAUGCCAAUUUGUGCAACAUUUGUUCAUCUCCAGUCUCUCAUCAACCCAAUCAUCAUGACGCUGCGUCUGUCCUACAUUCGCAAAGGCAUCAAAAACAAGCUAGCAAGCCUUGUACAAGGAACUAAUUAA